AAACGCUUUCUGCUUCAUUUCCGCUCAAUUUUUUUAAGGUCUAUCGAAUAUUUCUCUUUAAACACUGAGCUAUCUUUCUUAGCUGUGUCAGUUGUAGCAAAAUGGCGAAAGUACACUACGAAACUAAGCAAUCGUUUGCCUAUCGUCAGGACUUGAGCGGUUCUGUAGAAUUUUUAGAGAAUAUACAUGGAUCAAACGAAGCAUUACAAAAGAACGAAGGUGAAAGCGUUCAGCUAAUACAACCAGGUCAAAAGGUAGUUACUCGAGAAAGAAAAUCCACUUACAUUCCGAUGGGGCUUGAGAUCUUACAGGACGUGGAAGAGUUUGUUAUUAAACAAAAUUACGAAUCUGAAGCAUGGUGGAACACGAGCAACUUUUCAGUGGAAAAUGGCCGAGGUAUAGAAAUACUCGAGGUUAGGCAAGAAAAGGCUGAGAAUGGCUGCAUUCAGGCAUUACUUGGGAACAAACGCCAAUACUACAUGAAAGUCUACGUCAACGAGAAUAACUGGAUUAUGGAGAUCGAUCAUCCAUGGUCGUUCAGUUCGCCUAUAUUUUGCCCUUGGAAAUCCCCAUCAAUGAUUGUGCGAAUGCCGACAGGAGAGGUCCUGGGGCAAGUGAGGAAUGCUUCAAGAGAAACGUGUGGAAGUUGUUUGCCACCCACGCAGUACUUCGAAGUAUUCAACUUCGAAGGAAGAAAGACGCACACUGUCACUGGUCCCACGUGUUGUCCUUGUGAGUGCUCCAGAAAUGAUCCAGCUUCCUUUGAGUUGCUACAGGUAGAUAAAGAGGAUAAGCCGGCCUCACAUAUUGGACGGAUUAACCACGAAUGGCGCGGAUUCCUAGGAGGGGUCUCGAGUUGCUGUGUCACAGAGGAAUCUGAACGAGUGUCUAUCACUUUUCCAAGAGAAAGCUCUGUUCAGGAUAAAGCCCUUUUUCUUAGCUUAGGAUUCCUUGCGUUUUUCACAUACUUCGAAGUACAGUAAAUCUAAAACUUGGAGAAUUUUCUACAAUUCUACGACCCAUCAAUAAUUUUCGUAAUGAUUUUAACCUUCAUCAAAAUUCACUACACUUUUAAGGAACAAUUUUAGGGAUACUCUAUUUUUAUGGGGGAGGGGGGGAUCUAGAAGAGGGGCAUAACAUCUCCACACGGCAAAUCUUUAAAUGAAGGGUCGCCAGAGUAUUGUAACUCAAUCUAAAGUUCCACCACUGAAUAAGUUUGAAAGAACACUGGGGAUGCACAGAAUAUAUAUUCCUCUAUGGCUGUUCUCCCCACUUCUAAAAGUGAAUGCUCCCAUACCUAGUACAGAGGCCUUGCACCAGGUGCGAUGGAAGACAUGACAGGAGGCAGGAACAAUAUUGACUCUGGUCCAAUGUUAUUUACAUAAGAAAGGAUUUAGUUUCCCAGGAGCAAAACACUCUACUGUGCCUUCUGUCAUGGCUGCCAUCACAUGAUGGUGCAAUGUUUUUAUAGGAACCUAUAGAAGCACACAGAAUCAUGACACUUUCCAUUUUAAUCAUUCAAAUUUUUAUAGCUUAGAAAUCGAAAUUAAUCAAGAAUAGACAUAGAUGUUCAUUCUCAAUGCAUUUUCAGCUCUGGUUUGACAGCUGACGAGGCACUGGGAAUGAGACAGCCCAUGRAAAAAAGUUUAUAAUCAUUUUCAAGUGCAAAUAGACCUGACCACUGUUUUACCAUGUUACACUUUGUGUCAUUCCUUUGAUAAGAUUGUUUGUGUUACUGGUAAAGAAAGAAAUAAUAACAAAGGAAACCAAACAUGGUAAAACUGGUCUAUUACUAAUUAUAAUAAUAAUUGUUAUAAAUCUCRUGUUCUGAUUGGUUGGGAACGUGUGCUUUAUGAGAGCACACAGCACACUUUCAGUUGCAUUAUUCCUAUCUAUCAUAAGUUAUUGUAACUUGUAUUUUAUAAAAGAAAUAAAAAAACUUGCUUGCUGUGCUGUGUGAAGUUAUAAAGCAAUAACUUGGGGAUUGGCAGAACACUCGAGAAGUGUUGAGAAGCACAACUGCUACAUGUUAUACUGCUCAUUACACUUCUCUUGUGUUCUGCUAACCCAGCGUGCUUUAUGACUGCACACAGCACACGAGCGCAUUUUCUAUUUCUUCAAUAUGAUUUUACUUAUUUUUAUUAUUGUAUURUAUAUGAGUGUGUAAUUAAGGAGCACCUUUGUGGUAUUUUACGAAUUUGAUUCUCUAUAAGCCUGAAGCAAGAUGACGUUUUGCCCCUGUCUCUAGACCAUAAUCCUUUUCACRCUGCUUUUGUUCUUUAAUUAUGACUAUUGUUCCUGUAUUCUCUAAGGAACCAAAAAUUUUAAUAUGAAAGAAUUUCAAAAACUAUUAUGGUAUAGAGUCGGGGGUAAAACGUCAUCUCGCUUCAGGCUCAUUAUCAAUUUAGUGCACGUAUGCAUAAUUUACUCUUAUCACUAUUCUAUAACAUGAAUAUUACAUUAAUUUUAUUAUACAUUUGAAUAAGCAGAAAGCAAAAAAAAAAAACUUUGCACUUUAAAAGCUAUUUUCCUAAGUCAAUAUAUGACUCCAUAUUUAAUUACCCUUUUGAAAAUUUUAUACUUCAAUUAUAACAAUUGUAAGUUUGAUGAAAAAAUUUUUCCACUGAAUUUUUGAAUAAAAUUUUGGAUAAAA